CAUUUGUGCCUCUUGUUUUAGGCACACGUCUCUUCUAUGCUCUCUGCUUCGUUCCUCCCUGUCCACUUAUUCCUGUGCCAACACUGUACCCCUUUUAGCUCCUUCUCUGUUCCUUUCUGUCUCUAUCAGCUCACUAUACUAUUAAGAAAAAAACCCACUUCUUCUAUAAGCAAAUUUCAUUUCUUUUAUGCCCACAUGAUCAAGAAGGCAUCAUUCAGGUGCUUUGGUGAAACGGUGGUAGUGUAUAUAUAAGUAUUAUACAGUAAAACUUUGCAGUAGAUCAGCGAAUCUUCCAGCUUUAAAGAGCUGGAGUGCUUUAAAGCAGGGUUGAAUGAACACUGAAAAGAUCUUCUAGCAAGACUUUACUUUUACACAGCAGAAACCACAGAUCACUUAUGGCUUCACCGGAUGUCGAUUCUCCUUGGCUCUGUGCUGCUAGUGAAUCUCUUGGUGGAUGUUUCAAUACACAGAUUGAGGAGGUCAAAUCAACCAAUGUCUUAAAUGUGCUGGAAGCUCCCACAUCUUCUGUGUAUGAUACCCGUAACAUCCCCAAGCCGCCACCUUAUCCUAAUACAACAUCUAAAACAACCAGCCAUUGUAAGAGGAUCUCAGCGAGUUGCUCUGUUCCAAAGGAAACAAAAGAUACAUGGGACAGGCUAUUCAAGGAAGCAUACGGUUCGGAUGUCUACAUUAUCACAGAGAGCAACUCGUAUAUUCCAGCUCAUUGCAAUGUUUUGAGUACUGUGUCGCCCGUGCUUGGGACUAUCCUGCAGCGGUCAAAAGUUAAAAAUGGAAUUAGAUACAUCAGCAUUCUUGGUGUACUUUGUGAAGCUGUCCAUGUGUUCAUUCGGUUUUUGUACUCAUCCUGCUAUGAAGAGGAUGAGAUGAAAAAGUUUGUUCUCCAUCUGUUGGUUUUAUCACACUCAUACUCUGUCCCGUCACUGAAAAGAGUUUGUAUAGACCUUCUGGAGCAGGAUUGUCUGACCAGAGAAAAUGUGAUAGACGUGCUUCAGUUGGCAAGGAGCUGCGAUGCGCCACGACUCUCCUUAAUUUGUGUUCGUAUGGUUGUGAAGGACUUGAAAUCUGUAUCAUCAACUGAAGGCUGGAAAGUUAUGAGGCGAGCUAACCCUGCCCUUGAACAAGAGCUUGUAGAAUCUGUUGUCGAAGCAGAUUCGAGAAAACAAGAGAGGCUGAGGAAAAUAGAAGAGAGAAAAGUAUACUUGCAACUGUAUGAAGCAAUGGAGGCCCUCCUUCACAUAUGCAGGGAUGGGUGUAGGACAAUUGGACCUAGUGAUAAAAUGCUGAAAGGAAGCCAAGUUGCCUGCAACUUUCCUGCCUGCAAAGCACUUGAGUCCUUAGUUCGUCAUUUCUCCAAAUGCAAGUCUCGGGUCCCAGGUGGUUGCAUUCACUGCAAACGCAUGUGGCAGCUUCUCGAACUACAUUCUCGUAUGUGCGAUGAGCCUGAUUCCUGCAAGGUUCCGCUUUGCAGGCAUUUCAAGGAAAAAAUGCAGCAGCAAACAAAGAAAGAAGAAGCUAAGUGGAAACUGCUGGUCAGCAAAGUAAUAGCAGCCAAGAACGCCUUGGGGCCAUUCUCAGCUCGGCGUAUAGAUUUAUUCUGACCCCGUUACUUCUUUUAACCUUGUAUCUUCAUGCCAUCAACACACCCAGGCCAUUGUUUUGUAUAAUGUAAUGGCAACUGUAAGAUAGAAACAAUAAUCGGCAAAGUGGUCGACAAUGUUUCUUGUACAAACUUUGUAUCUUCAUUACACCUUGCUCGAA